AUGGCUCCCACUGCUCUGGAACGCGAGGAUGUCUCGCGCGAUGCUGCCUUCAACCAGGCUCUGCACGGCAAGUCCGCUAAGGCCCGUGGUGGUCUGACUGCCAUGCGUGGCAAGGACGCCGCUGCCCAGAAGGCCGCCGUCGACGAAUACUUCAAGCACUGGGAUAACAAGGAUCACGCCGACGAGACUGAUGAGAUCCGUGAGGCUCGCCGCAACGAAUACGCUACUCUGACCCGACACUACUACAACCUGGCUACCGACUUCUACGAGUAUGGCUGGGGCUCCUCAUUCCACUUCUGCCGUUUCGCCUACGGGGAGCCCUUCCACCAGGCCAUCGCCCGCCACGAGCACUACCUGGCCAUGCAGACCGGUCUCAAGGAGGGCAUGAAGGUUUUGGAUGUUGGUUGCGGUGUCGGUGGUCCCGCCCGUGAGAUGGUCAAGUUCAGCGGCGCCCACGUCACCGGUCUGAACAACAACGACUACCAGAUCGACCGCGCCACCCACUACGCCGAGAAGCAGGGUCUGUCCGACAAGAUGGACUUCGUCAAGGGUGACUUCAUGCAGAUGAAGUUCCCCGACAACUCCUUCGACGCUGUCUACGCCAUUGAGGCCACCGUCCACGCCCCCGAGCUGGUUGGUGUGUACAGCGAAAUCUUCCGUGUCCUGAAGCCCGGUGGUACCUUCGGUGUUUACGAGUGGCUGAUGACUGACGAGUACGACAACAACAACGCCGAGCACCGCCGCAUCCGUCUCGGUAUUGAACAGGGUGAUGGUAUCUCCAACAUGGUCACUAUCUCUGAAGGUAUCAAGGCCAUCCAGGAUGCCGGUUUCGAGCUCCUCCACCACGAGGAUCUGGCCGCUCGCCCCGACCCCACCCCUUGGUACUACCCGCUGGCCGGUUCGUUCAAGCACAUGGGCUCUGUCUGGGACUUCUUCACCAUUGCCCGCAUGACCUGGUGGGGCCGUGGCCUGGCCCACCGCUUCGUCGGUACCUUCGAGAAGGUCGGUCUGUUCCCCAAGGGCUCCCAAAAGACCGCCGACAGCCUGGCUCUGGCGGCCGACUGCCUGGUUGAGGGUGCUCAGAAGAAUCUGUUCACCCCCAUGUACCUCAUGGUCGGCAAGAAGCCCGAGUAA